AUGUCCGGAUACAGCGUAAGUGUCACUCCAGUAUUUACAGCAAUCUUCGGUGUUGACUCGUAUGAUCAGUACUCCUCGUCCGACCAAGGUAACUACAGCUAUCAAGCCUCUUAUCCACACUCAGGAGUGCCACAAUAUACUCAAUCUCAAAUCAAUGCCUAUUACGCACAGUAUCAACAAUAUCCACCUCAACCAUACCAAAUCAUCCCAGACUAUUAUACGCAACCGGUGACUGUUGCACAUACUGCUGGAUAUCAACAACCAGUAGCCAGUGGGUAUGAUGUUGGAAGUUGGCAAAGUCACGGCGACGAUCUAGGAAUGAACACAUCGCAAGGCCCAACUAGAAGUAGUAGCCGCACAAAGUAA